CGACGCUACCCACAAUGCCGCGCGCGAGCAGCUUGACAUGGCGUCGCUGGCUGUUGCUGUUUGUGUGAGGGCCUUGGAAAUACACAAACAAGGCGGAAAGAUGGAGGACGUUUGGAUCGUGUAGGAGGAGGAGGCGGUGGUCGUGGUCAGCUCUAGAAACUAAUCCGCCAAGAAAGACGCCAGGGACACAUACUAAAAAGGGACUGAGAGGAAUUUGGUUGGGCCCCCUCACCUUAAUUUAAACUGGACAUUUUUGGUGAGUGAGGGGGGUGCAUUUUUCAGAAGAGCUUUGCCACACAAUGGAAGAAGAGGAGAAGAGUCCAAGGAAUGUAGUCAAGUCAACUCGAUCUGAGGGAAAAACCGCUCGAGUCACUACUAAACAUCUGAAGGAAGCCACAGUUGGUAAAGAAGGGGUUAGACAUUCCAACUGGUACAACAACAUUAAAACUAGGCUGGCAGAUGAGGCUAAAGAUGCAGAGAAGCAAAACUGUCCUCUAGGCUGGAAGAACAUCAGUGCAGGCCUACCAGAGCAAAGUAGACUGAAAGCUAAUAGGCUGACUGGUAGAGGCAUUCUAGCAAACAAAGGAAAACCCAAAAUUGGAAGGUCACAUGAACAAGAUGAUACUGUCACUGUGCUUGAUACACCAACUGGAAAGGAAGAUUUCCACACCUCAAAACAAAGCAAGAGUACACUCAAUGUUGCUGCACCGGUUGUCAGUAAAGAUGAUCAGCAGACUAUUGGCAAAACAGCAGUAUGCACAGAUGUUGUUACCAAUUCAAGUGAAGAAACUGGGAUUUUACAAAAUGGGCCUCCACCCCUCGAAAUCCAAAGUAUCACUGCUCCAGUGAUAGAUGAAUCAUCGCUUAGUGUAGAACAGCAGCUAGGGCUUAAACAGGCAGAAGAAAGGCUGGUACGAGACUAUAUUCAUCGACUAGAGAAGCGCUCGGUGGAAUAUCCCAAUUACCUCUAUCUAUGCAAGCUUUGCUCAGUUCACAUAGAAAACAUCCAGGGAGCCCACAAACACAUUAAGGAGAAACGACAUAAGAAGAAUACUAUGGAAAAAGAAGAAGAAAAUGAACUGAGAGCUUUGCCCCCACCAAGCCCUGCACAGCUUGAGGCUGUCAGUGCUGCCGUGCUGGAAGCUGUAAAGCAGCAAGGUAUUUCUGAGGAUGACUUUAUAGUACGCCAAGCAAUUGUCACGGAAAUGGAAAAAAUAAUUCAACAACAUUUACCAGCUUGCACCUUGCAGCUUUAUGGCUCUUGUCUCACCAGGUUUGCCUUUAAAACCAGUGAUAUCAACAUUGAUGUUAAGUUUCCCCCUACUAUGACUCAACCAGAUGUCUUAAUUAAAGUGCUGGAAAUAUUUAAAAAUAUAUCCUGUUUCUGCGAUGUUGAGUCUGAUUUUCAUGCCAAAGUUCCAGUUGUUUUCUGCAGGGAUGUUGCAAGUGGCCUAAUGUGUAAAGUAAGUGCUGGAAAUGAUGUUGCCUGUCUGACAUCCAGCUUGUUGGCAGCACUGGGUAAACUGGAGCCCAGACUAAUUCCUCUGGUGCUGGCAUUUCGCUUUUGGGCAAGGCUUUGUUACAUAGACUGCCAGGCAGAGGGUGGCAUUCCCUCCUACUCCUUUUCUUUGAUGGUAAUCUUCUUUCUUCAGCAAAGGAAGGACCCUAUCUUGCCACACUAUUUAGGCUCAUGGGUUGAAGGAUUUAAUGUGAAGCAUGUAGAUGAGUACCGCUUAAAAAGAAUCGAGGAGGACAAGUUUGUAUUAUGGGAACACAAACCAGCCAACAGUGGAACUGAUGGCAAAUCAAAACUGGAGCAGAAGAAAACGGCAGGGAAGAAGUUAGAUAACCACAAAGAUGCAAAUGGAGAGAAUUGGCAGUCAAAAAUUAAACAAGGCAAAGCAAGACUUGCCCUAGAGACUAAAAAAGAAGUGACAAUUGGGCAGCUGUGGCUGGAGUUGCUGCGAUUCUACACUCUGGAAUUUGCACUGGAGGAGUACAUUAUCUGUAUACGAGUCAAAGAGCUCCUUUCAAGAGAGAUUAAAAAUUGGCCUAGAAGGAGGAUAGCCAUUGAAGACCCAUUUGCACUAAAGAGGAAUGUGGCUCGCAGCCUCAAUAGCCAAAUGGUAUUUGAGUACAUCCUCGAGCGAUUUCGCACUACCUACCGGUACUUUGCCUGUCCGCAAAGCAAAAACGGGACCAAGAUUGCACCUUUGCGAGGCAGAAGACACAAAAAGCGUGGUGCUAAAAGGACCUGCAAGCAUAAAGUGGCAGGUGCUACUGAAAGUUGUCCAGAUGAGAGCAUGGUGCCCAGAAUUCAUUGUACUGAUACUGAUUCAAAAUCAGUGGAUGAGCAAAGGGAACAGGAUAAAGAUGGCACAGAAGAGGAGGAGGAGGAGGAUGAAGAAGAUGAUGAUGAUGACAAGUACAGCAAUGAUGAUGAAUUUUCUGUAACGGGGGAAUUUUCCAGGCGUUUGGAGGACUUAAGUGACAGUGAGGAAGGCUCUUUUAACUUUGCACUAAAGACAGAAGACUUAACGCCAAAAUCGGAAGUAUGUAUCCCCAACUGUACUAGCAGUUUAGUGAGUUCCUCUUAUUUGGAGCAAGUAAACAACUCUGAGGAAAGGUCGUUAAGGAAGAAUAGUUUAACUUCCCGGGAAUACAGCAAUAGCACGGACUGCCUUGAAGACAUCACAGUAUCUACCUCACGGAGUGGGUCUGUAGCAAAAGGUAUGACAGAGAGCGACAAGGAGUAUGAAGCAGAUGAAGAAAAGAUAAAUGCAGCAAGUGCAAUCUCUCUGCAGGAUCUGUUCUAUGAAUUUGACAGGACAGUGUUUACUGGAGGGAAGCCACCAACAGUUGUCUGCAGCAUCUGCAAAAGGGAUGGGCACUCAAAAAACGAGUGCCCUGAAGACUUUAAGAAAAUGGACCUGAAACCAUUGCCUCCAUUGACUGAUCGGUACCGUGAAAUUCUGGAUGAGAUCUGCAGGAUGUGUUACAAUGAAAGGUCUGUUCCUAUUGAACAACAAAAGCGAGAGCAGAUACUGGCAGGUCUGGAGAGGUUCAUUCGCAAGGAAUACGAUGAAAAGGCAAGGUUAUGCUUGUUUGGCUCCUCAAAAAAUGGCUUUGGAUUUCGGGAUAGUGACCUGGAUAUCUGCAUGACUCUGGAAGGUCAUGAAACAGCAGAGAAGUUGAAUUGUAAAGAAAUUAUUGAAAGUUUGGCUAAGAUUCUCAAGAAGCAUUCAGGUUUACGAAAUAUCUUGCCUAUAACAACAGCUAAAGUGCCUAUAGUCAAAUUUGAACAUAAGCAAAGUGGACUGGAAGGCGAUAUAAGUUUAUACAAUACAUUGGCUCAACAUAACACCAGGAUGUUGGCUACUUAUGCUGCUAUUGAUUCUCGGGUACAGUUCUUGGGGUACACAAUGAAGGUUUUUGCAAAGCGUUGUGAUAUUGGUGAUGCCUCCAGGGGGAGCCUGUCCUCCUAUGCAUAUAUUCUUAUGGUGCUUUACUUUUUGCAGCAGAGAAAGCCACCAGUGAUUCCUGUCCUGCAAGAGAUAUUUGAUGGAAAAAUUGUCCCCCAAAGGAUGGUUGAUGGGUGGAAUGCAUUUUUCUUUGAUGACAUCAAUGAGCUGAAGCAGCGUUUGCCAGAUUUGGGAAAGAACUCUGAGUCUGUGGGUGAAUUGUGGUUGGGUUUGCUACGCUUCUACACUGAGGAGUUUGAUUUCAAAGAGUAUGUGAUAAGCAUUAGGCAGAAGAAACUGCUUACAACUUUUGAGAAACAGUGGACUUCCAAAUGCAUAGCCAUUGAAGACCCGUUUGAUUUGAACCACAAUCUUGGAGCUGGAGUUUCUCGUAAAAUGACAAACUUCAUAAUGAAGGCCUUUAUCAAUGGAAGGAAGUUAUUUGGGACACCAUAUUAUCCCCAGCCUGGUACAGAAAUGGAGUAUUUCUUUGACUCAAAGGUACUCACAGAUGGAGAGCAUGCCCCAAAUGACAGAUGUUGCAGAAUCUGUGGGAAAAUUGGCCAUUAUAUGAAGGACUGUCCAAAAAGGCGCAGAAUGAAGAAAAAGGAAAAUGAAAAAGAUGAUGACUUAAAAGAAGAUGAAAGAGAGCCAAGGGAGAGGAGAUGCUUCCAUUGUGGUGAUACUGGGCACGUGCGCAGGGAUUGCCCCGAGUACCGGCAACUCCGGCAGAGAAAUACUGGUGUGCCAGUUUCCCAAACAGGGCAACCCAUGGGGAGUCCUCAGACGGGAUCAAUAGCAAUCCCUCAGGUGGCGAUAGGAUCCCAGGACCGACCUUUAAGAACCAGGCAGCCUUCCGAGUGUUCAGAUCAUCGUCAGACACCUCCUUACUCUCCACAGCCCAUAGCAUUUAGUAAGAGCACUUCACAGCCUUCCAGUAGUUCCCAAUCAAUAGUGACGCCUUCUGCAAACUCAGGCCCUCCAAAACAGCUCCCAGUUCAGAUCCCACUCCUUAACUUUUCUCCGGGAACUCAGUUUCACCACGGGAUGCACACACUGGGUCUGCUUCAGCCACACCAGCAGCAGCAUCACCCUAUCCCUAUCCCUUCCGCACCUUGGCCCAUUCAUGGACCUGUAAUUCAGACAUCUUCUGCAGGUGGACUUCCGUCUCCCCCAAACCUUAACUAUUCACUACGUUCCGCCCCGACAAAUGGGAACAGCAGCUCAACAAGCAGCCCUAACCCGUUGAACUUGAAUGACCCAAGCAUCAUCUUUGCUCAGCCAGCUGGGCGACCUCUAGGAAUACCAAGCACCGGGCGGGAUGGGCAAUGGCACAACCAACUUUUACCUGGAGCACUGGUGGGGAACGGCACUGUGGGCAAGUCAGACCAGGGAUAUCAGGGACAGUUUGGUAAAGUAAACCCUAGUUUCCUGCCUUGGGACCAGAGUGCUGCUGGACACUUUUCUAUCCCAGCAUCGUGGCCUUACAUGACACCUCCAAAUUUCUUACCACAGGGAAAUGGUGGGUUGCCACAAAACAAGACGAUCAUCUCACAAGGUUCUGUGAUUCAUGGCAGCCAGCAUUUCCCGUUGCUUCAUCAUGGACAGCACAAUAUAAACCUCAACUUCAUUCAUCAGAAAAAAUGAGCUCUUCUCGGCCCGUUAUGCGUUCAGAUUUAUUAAUUGUGUUUUAAAUUUGUAUUUUGAAUCAACAUUGUUGUGCACCACACAGCGGGGUCACAUUUUUAAAUAAUGUACCAUUUUUGUAAAUAGGUUUUUAUUUUUGUGUCAUCACAAGGAUUUGUGAUAUAAAUGUCAAGUAUUUUAAUGCCCCCGUUUUUAAAGGGGUUCAGGAAAAAGAAAACAUUAUUUUAAUUGUAAAGGAAGGUUUCAAAGUUAAUUUCUUUAUUUUUUAAUUAGCUGUAUUUAAACAUUGCUUGCUCAUUGAUCUUAAACAAAAAUAAAGCCCACAGACAGUAAUUUGUAUAAAAAAUAGGAAAGAAUUAUGUAGUGCCAAAAACCCUCUCAGUCCAGAGAAAAAAAGACAAAUAAACCUAAAAAGUAAAA